GUUUACUUUAUCCUGAUUGGAUGGACUUCCAAAGUCUUCUUUAUAUACCAGUAUUUCCACUCUUUCAGCACUUUUGUACAGGCUCGGAAUGAUGGGAUGCAGAAUUUCUACGCUGGGUUUUAUUUUGCUCACAUAUAAUAUUAUAUGUUGUCUGUGUCUGGGGAUAAAACCACCUUGGGAAAUUUCAGGCAAUGAGACUACAGUGUUUAUUUCUCUAUAUGUGUCACAGUUCAGAAGCCUUAUACUUGACGCUGAUAUGACCUUUGACAUUCGCCAGUCGUGGAGGGAUCAGCGAUUUGUAAAUUAUUCCCGGAAUCCCAAUGAUUAUACCUUGUAUAAAGCUGAGGAAUUCGAAAAGUUGUGGAUACCAGACACUUACAUCGCCAAUGAAAUGCCCAAUGGUCUAUUGGAGACUGCAGCAACUGAUAACAUAUAUGCAUAUCCAAAUGGAAGUCUUUACUUAACAACAAGGCACUCCAUAGUAUUUCACUGUGACGUGAAGUUGUUUGCCCUUCCAAUCAAAGACGAAACAUGCUCAUUGUACCUCAAGAGUGCUUCGUAUUCGUCCGAAAAUCUGAAGUUGCUCUGGAAGCUGUUUUCCCCUGUUACGUAUUCCAAAACCAUGAAAACGUAUGCAGUCACGAUAAAGAAAACGGAGACCAAGGUUUGUUCACAAGGAGAAUCAAUGCCAUGUCUCAAUUUGAUAUUACAUGUACAAAGGAAAUAUCAGACCAUGUUUAUUCAGGUAUAUUUACCUAGUACCUGCAUUGUCUUCAUCACGUGGUUAGGGUUUUGGAUUCAUCAUACCGAAGUAUCAGGAAGAACCCGCAUCUCUACGAUCUCUUUGACGGCCAUUAUAGCAGAAAGUGUGGGAACUCUGAUCUUGAAUCCGGACCAGGUUCAUAUGGCUGCAGUAGAGGCAUGGAAUGCAGGAUGCUUUAUCAUUAUUACUCUGGCAUUUUUAGAAUUUGUAGUUGUUCACAAUUAUCAUAGACGGCGAAUGCAUAAAAAGAAUUCGACAAAAGACCAAGAAAUUCAGGGUAAAUUAGAGGCACAAUGUAGUAGCCACAACAACACAAAAGUCACAGAUAUCAGCAAAAGAAAGAAUCUCCCAAAGUCCAAAGUAGCACCAGAAGUGAUCCAUGUGAUUGAUAUGUCUACUAAUGCAAAAGAUACAGAGGAAAAGUCUGGCAUAGCUCCAGAAACGAUAGACAGAAUAUCAUCACUGCUCUACGUUCUGUUAUUUAUAUUGUUCAAUAUCUAUUACUGGGCUUUCUUUUUAACGGAAGCAGACAAGAAAUAAAAUGACACUUUAACUAAUAUAAUUAUUCAAUCCAUCUAGCACAAACUCAA